AUGUCCGAGGCUUACUUCCGGGUGGAGUCGGGUGCGCUGGGGCACGAGGAGAACUUUCUUUCCCUGGACGACAUCUUGAUGUCCCACGAGAAGCUCCCGGUGCGCACGGAAAUCCCCAUUCCACGCCUCGGCCUUUUCUUCCCGGAGCGGAGCGGAGGGGCCGACACCGACAACACCAUCCCUCAGGGCUCAAAGCUGGAGCUCCCGUUGUGGCUGGCCAAAGGACUUUUUGACAACAAGCGGCGGAUCCUCUCUGUGGACCUUCCUAAGAUCUACCGAGAGGGUUGGAGGACUGUGUUCAGUGCAGAUGCCAACGUGGUGGACCUCCACAAAAUGGGGCCCCACUUCUACGGGUUUGGCUCCCAGCUCCUGCAUUUUGACAGCCCAGAGAACACAGACAUCUCCCAGUCUCUCCUCCAGACAUUUAUCGGACGCUUUCGCCGCAUCAUGGACUCCUCCCAGAACGCGUACAACGAGGACACCUCGGCCCUGGUCGCCCGGCUGGACGAGAUGGAGCGGGGCUUGUUCCAGGCGGGGCAGCGAGGCCUGAACGACUUCCAGUGCUGGGAGAAGGGGCAGGCUUCCCAGAUCAGGGCGUCCAGCCUGGUCCAGAGCUACAAGAAGAGGAAGCUCACCGACACGGAGAACUGACGGCCUUGGCAAUGGCUCCUUCCCUGCAGCCGCCUCUGGGGCGGCGCCAUCGGGUUGGGCUGGGACAUGCUGGGGGAGGCCCCUGGCCCUGGAAGCCUUCCGGGACGGUCCCUCCCUGCUGAGGAGCCACCAAGCCCUUGGCCCAUAAAGACCGGAAGACCUGUGCUGCAGGAGAGUUGGCACUGGAGCCCUUGUGCCUGGAAGGGAGGGACCUGCCAGCCCGGGAUGCCCACUACCCCUCGCUCAGAGCCAUCCGGGUCUGUUCUCGGAAUGUCCUCUUGUGCAGAAUUCCUUCCUCUUCCUGGUUGUGCACCGCCAGGAUGCUGGACGUGUACAUAUCGCUUGCCCCCUGCCUGUGGGGAGUUGCCCCAAUUUCCACAAACAGCCCUGACGCCAGCCAGCGUAGCUCAGUGGUUGACCAUUGACCUACGAACCAGGAGAUCGCAGUUCGAUGCCUGGUUCAGGGCUCAGGCUGGGGGUUUCAGGCUCCAGUCCCCAGGUGGGGGCGUGCAGGAGGCAGAUAAUCAGUGAUUCUCUCUCAUCAUUGAUCUUUCUCUUCCCGCCCCCGCCAUCUCCCUCUCUGCAAUCAAUAAAAAUAUUUUUUUUUUUUAAAAGAGAGAGAAUAAGGAAGGAAACGGGAAAGGCAGGCGAAUGGUGUGGGUUUUACUAAAGAAGAGACGAUGCCUCCUCCAUGGUGACCAGGAAUUCACGGAAUUCUACCUCGAGGGGCAGUGGUUGCACGGAGAUCCGUACAGCGUCUCAGUGAUCCCAUUCCCGCUCUGGAAAAGCUGUCAGUGGUCCAGUGGCAGCAUAGUCCAUAACCUGUGCUCACCAGCCCUUCCUCCGAGAAACCGGGACUUUGGGGGAGCUGGUCAGGAGGAGCCCCUGUUGGAGAGCGUAUUUACAGGCCAAAUGGCAGUGGGCAUGAGGCUGUAGUUAGGUGUUUUCUUCAGUCCAUUUUGCACACCUUGACACCGAGGCUUCCCGAGCGGCUCCUGAGAAUCUAAGCAAAACUUGCCCUGGAGAUCCAGGCGGGAGCCUCGGGCUGAGCAGGAGACGGCCAUCCUGGGGCCCCCAGCCUGCUGGAAGGGCGGCGGUCCCCACCGCACCGCACCCCCACGACCGGGGAAACUGCCUUUGUCGCCGGACACGAGGAGGUCGGGCACCCAGACGGCAGACGUCUCCGUGCCAGCUUAGAAUGGCAGGAGGGCUUUUAAAACGCCUGUUUUAGGACGGAUCCCGUGUUUUUAUCGUUUGAUUUCGGUGCUAAAUAAAUGACCCGCUUUGCACGUGGA